CUACAGCUUGUGCGCAUGCGCGUCAGGACACAAGCCCCUCAUCCGAAAAAUCUGAUGUCAUCUUGCCGGCAAUAUUUUCCUCUCUGUCUGUAUUUUCAAUUGCAAUCAUAUUCCACUCCAGUACAAACAGCGCGUGUAAAAGGUGAAGGGUGUAGACUGUGUGUGUGUCGUUUGUUUCUGUAUGCACCCACAUCAUGCAUCUCCAUGGAGCAAGAAGCAGCUGAUCUAGACGGCUUGUUUUGCUGGAUAAAGGUGGACGCUUAGGACACAACAGGUUAUUAGCGUUUUUAAAGUAGAGAAAUACGAUGUCUGCGAGAGAAAGACUGAAAGAGAAGAUGAUAAAAGACAGCGUGACACUGCUGCCAUGCUUUUAUUUCGUUGAGCUUCCUCUCCUGAUCUCAUCUGUGGUCAGUGUGUAUUUCCUGGAGUGGACGGACAUUUUCAAACCGGUCCGCUGGGGUUUCAGCUGCCACGACCGCAGUCUGAGUCUGCCUUAUAUCGAACCCACACAUGAGGUCAUUCCCUUCCUCAUGCUCCUCAGCCUCGCUUUCGCAGCUCCUGCUAUUACGAUCAUGAUCGGAGAGGGGAUUCUGUUCUGCUGUCUGUCCCGAGCGCAGUGCGGAGGUGGAGUUGAAGCCGAUAUCAAUGCGGCCGGCUGCAACUUUAACUCUUUCGUCCGGCGAGGUGUCAGGUUUGUGGGCGUUCACGUGUUUGGCUUAUGUGCCACGGCUCUGAUUACCGACAUCAUCCAGUUGUCGACGGGUUACCCCACCCCCUACUUCCUGACUGUCUGCAAGCCCAACUACACUCACCUCAAUACCUCCUGUGAGGAAAGUUUCUUCAUCCUGGAGGACAUCUGCUCAGGAUCUGACGCUGCUGUCAUCAACGCCGGCAGAAAAUCCUUCCCGUCACAGCAUGCAACACUGGCAUCCUUUGCUGCUGUUUAUGUCUCGAUGUACUUCAACAGCACGUUGACGGACUCAUCCAAACUGCUGAAGCCUCUUCUGGUCUUCUCCUUUAUUAUCUGUGCCAUCAUAUGUGGCCUAACCCGCAUUAUUCAGCACAAGAACCACGCCAUUGACGUUUACCUGGGCUUUCUGCUUGGAGGGGGCAUCGCUGUUUACCUAGGUUUGUUUGCUGUAGGAAACUUUCAACCGAGCAAGGAGAAACGGACAAGUCAGUUUCACGUUCGGGAUUCUCAUCGAACUAUGGCUGACCUGUGCCAUCAAGGUCACCACCUCCCUGCCAAGAGUUGCAGUGGAAGUGACGGCCUCUCAUCUUCAUGCUCUGAGGGCAUCCUGCACCGCAAUGCCCAACACCACCAGGCCGGACCUCUAAGCAGCCUGAAAAAAACAAGCGGAGAUGUGGAGGUCAUCAAUACUCGCAGCCCUCCACACAAGGAGAACAUGGUGACCUUCAACACCUUGCCCAGAGUGCAUACGCCCGCCAUGGAUGAGUCUGCCUUCCGGAACGCCACCAUCCACACGUCCUCGGUAGAUUCGAGUCGAUCCAAGCAGCUGCUGUUGCAAUGGAAGAGUAAGAAUGAGAACCAUAAACAUUCCCUGCAUGCCAUGGAAGGUGGACCAGGACAGUCCCCUCCAAACAGCAUGGAUGUCCGCUGCAAUUCUGAACCCUCAGCUGUGGGAAUCAAUGGUGAACAUCAGGGACCUGGAACUCCAUACCUAAAAAUGGCCACUGGAAGUACAACACUACCAAGCAACCCUAGCGGGAUUGCUGGCGGUGCUCGGAUACCCAUGCAGUCUCGGCCUGGUUCCUCACAGUUGGUCCACAUCCCAGAGGAGACACAGGAGAACAUGGGCUGCUUGCCGAAUAACAGUAACGUCCGUGACAAAUGGUUGAAAAGCAUGGAUAGGACUGUGGAGAAGGGCGGCGAGGUACCGAUGGUUAGGACUAACUCUAAUGGCCAGCCGCGCAUCAUGCAGGUCAUUGCGAUGUCCAAGCAGCAAGGUCUCUUGCAGGGAAGCUCUCCCAGUUCUGAAAGCAGCAGCCACACCAGCUCCACAGCACCGCUGCAACGUUACAAGAGCCUAACUGUGGAGUCCGGAGGUCAAGGCAGCACUGGAGCAAUCAUUCGGGUGGAAGCCCAUCCAGAGAAUGGUCGACCCCUGGUUCAUGCGCAUUCCACAGAUGGAAGUGGCUCCUGGACGUGGAAGUCCCAAAGCAGCUUUAGACAGUCAUUUGAGCUUAACGACUUGAAUCGGGACUCGGAGAGCUCUGAAUCUGUAAGGGAUGGGAACAGUUCUACAGAUAGAAAGAGCUCUACGGACAGAAAGAAGAAUGGCUCUAAUGCUCCUAAAGUCGUAGCCGUGCCAACUGUCCCGACUGUCCCUAUUGUAUCUACAGCAGGCAGUGACCACCAUCCCAACCAGACCAUUUCCACAAUCCGGGUCACUCCCAUGGAAAUGACUGAAUCUGGUCCUGGGAGCCGCGACUCCAGCUUGCGAAGAAAAACCAGGAUCCUCAUCCCUGAAAGAGGAAACAGUCCAGAUAAUACCAGGAACAUUUUUUACAAGGGAACGUCAACCACCCCAAUUUUUAAAGAGUAGUCAGUCAAUAUCUCAACGAAAACAAGCAAACGAAGAAACCAGAAAGAGGUUGGGUGGUUGGGUUGCUAUGUUUUACACAUCUCCAAUGACGUCAUGCAUGAGAUGAUUCACUGACUUAAACAUAUAUACAUGACAGCAAGAAAAGCACAAAAUUCAGGUUUUGGUCAGAAUUCAGUUUACUUUUGUGAUAAUGACAUUGUAAACAUAUGACAGUAUAUCACAUGGAAAUGGUCUUACCUUUUGUGACACUGUGAAGAUGAAACUGUGACUGUGCCAAGUUUGAACUGCAACACUGUAUUUAAGUAUUUAACAUCACAAAUAUCUUAAAAAGAUUUUUCAUAUAGUCAAACUUUAAUAUACAUCAUUCACUCAUUCAUACACUGAUAACUAUGCUAGCUGAAACGCUUAUUUUUGUAUUCUGUAAAUAACUUUUAAACUUGGUGCUGCCCAAUUCUAAGAACAUUAUGUAAAAAAUGACAAGUUAAAAAAAAAAAACAGAUGGUGAUAUAGAAAAAAAUAUUGUUUUCCACUCCUGAAAACUGUCAUUUGAACUUUCUAAUGACCAUAAGUGCUUAGAAUAUUCUCUGUAGCAAAUGAUAGUCAUAAAAUGACAUGCACUUCACGUUUACUACUUGCAAUACAAAUACUUUAAGUACUCUAUGUAUCUGUAGGAAUUUGUACGUAAAAAGUAUGUUCAUGUAUAUUUCAAUAGACACAUAAAAGCUUAUGUUUUAGUAUUUGUCCAUACAAUGAUAUUGUAUGUAACCGUGUCUAUCCAAACAUAAAAAAACUAUACGUACAAAUACCAAUAAAUACAAAUGAGAUUCAUUUCUUCCAGCUAAUGUCUAUCUUCCACUCUUUUCUCAAAUGUAUAUUUGCAUAACAGAAUUAAUUUUACUUUAUUCCAAAAGAUUAUUCUGAUUGUAUGUCAGUUAUUUUAAGGUUAGCUGCAUUAGUAGCAAAACAAUGAUUUAUCUAACUGUGGUUAUACCACUGUGAGCUCCAGCUUUUUAGGCCAAACAGUCAUAUUAAAUGUUUUAUAUGCACUUGAGUAGCCCACAAAGAAAAAAGAAAAAUGGCUUUACUGUUCACAAAGAGAUUUGCAAUGAGCAAGAAGUGGCUCAUUAAAUCUAGUGUCAUCUUAGCUGUUAAAAACUACAGCAGAGACAUUUAAUUCCAUGUUAAUUUACUGUGUAACUUUUUAUAAACUGUAAAUUAAUGUGCCAAAGGGUAUUUUAAAGAGAAGAUUCUGUUUUGAAACAUUUCUAUAGAAGUCUGUAUUCUUAUAAACCACAAACUCUUUCAGCACAGCUGUAGCCAAUGCAUGGUAGUUUGAUAUUUCACAUUUAUUUUUGGUUUCCUUUUUGUAAAUUAUGCAUUUGUGUAGAAGCUGCAAGUGUAACUAUUUAUACUGAAUAUAAACUACUUGUUGACAAUCUUUAUAGAUAAAGAUAUUUUAAAUCACACCAGAAUACACUGUAUGUUAUCUCUAACAUGUCAAGAGAUUGUUGGAUACCUGUUAAUGUGCGCUAAUGAUUUUAGAAAAGCAUGCUGAUAGCAGUGUGUGUGUUUUCCGAGAAACAUUUUACUCUGUAGCACUCUGUGUAACUAUCAUCGACACAGUGACGUGAGAUUCAGUUUGGAUAGGAAUGAAUCCAGCCGAACCUGUUACAGUGAUGUUACGUGUUAAUGUUGCAGCGGCCUGGCAGAAAAAUAUGUCAAACUCUGUUAAUAUACAGUUUGUUUCUAGCGUUACAUGGUUCUGUUUUACUCCAGUAACAGGGUAGAUGAAUAAAAACUGUGCUGUAUCAGUGUUUGAAUAAACAUUUGCCAUUUAAA